CGACGACGCACGUUGGAAAGCGCAGAGCGCAGAGCGCAAAACGCCCUCUCGCCUUCCAUUACCAGUAGGCAAUUCUCAUCCGUCUUCUUUUCCGGAAUGCCUGCUGACCCUUCGCCUCAGGUGGGCGCGAAUAGAGGGGCAGUGAAUAUCGAACGUUGGCUGCGCAUCUCCCCUUCCAUCGUCCAUCAAUCCAUCAAUCCAUCACCACUCAUUCCCCUUCUCAUAACUCUCCCCACUGUUCUGUUUUUGGCAAUCCCUCUGCGAGAGUGUGGUCGGAGGCUGAACGGCACUUUCCUUCCGUCUUGCUUCUCCCGAUAGACUGCCCCCUUCUCCCACUUCCUUCCUGCUCUGCAACCCACCCUCACUGUUCGUCCAUCACAGUUAACCUACAUGGCCGUCUUCUAAAUUGCCUC